AUAGUCUCAUCUCGCGAGAGUGCGCCGAGCCUGUGGCAGAGCUGGCCUGCAGGAGCCGAGGAGCUGGACAUUUAAACGCCGUUGCGGGACAUUUAAAUAGCGGUGUGGGACUGCGGGCCGUGUCAUGAAUAUCGGGAUUAUUGGGCGGUACGUGCAUCUAGAGCCCAAAUUAAAGACCUUGUGAGAUGUGAUACUAUGAGGACAUAAAGCAGAGUGUAAGAUAUGAUUUGUAACAAGGUGGAGAGCUUAGGCAUUUAGAAGCAGAAAUACAACUUUGAUGCCAACUCUCAAUCUUGAGGCUGCUGCUGUUCUUUCUUCUCUAAUCCUAGUGGGUGAUGUCUGAGCAUCUCUAAAGAUCCUAAUAUUCUGCUUGUUACCAGGAAGACAUCUUUCACUGCAGCAAUGGAUGACUAUGACAUAAGGUCUGCCGCCAGUAUUCUGGCCUCUGUAAAAGAGCAAGAAGCUCGCUUUGAGAGGUUGACCCGUGCUUUGGAGGAGGAACGCCGCAAUGUCUCACUCCAACUCGAGCGAGCCAACGUACCCUCUGAAAGAAUGAGCAUGUGCAACAUUGGUAAUGGCCAACCACUAGCCACAGCGUGGCAACAACUAGUACUGCAGGAGCAAAGUCCCAGUAACCAAACCUCCAUCGCCAUGAUGCAGGAACCUCCUGAAAUGCUAGAAGAAACGGUUACUGUGGAAGAAGACCCAGGAACCCCCACUUCACAUGUGUCUGUUGUUACAUCUGAAGAUGGAACCACAAGAAGAACUGAGACUAAGGUGACAAAAAUGGUAAAAACUGUUACUACAAGGACAGUUCGACAAGUUCCUCUUGGUCCUGAUGGGGUGCCUGUCAUUGAUGCCUCCUCCCCUCUCAGUGGUUACACAGAUUCAAUCGACAGGAGAUACAUGAAGAAUGGAGAGCGUUUCAUUACACCACAGGCCACAUCCACCUUGACUAGGUCCUACAACAACAGCUACAAUGAUUCCUAUGGUGACCCCCAUGACACACAGUAUCGCCCCUUCUUGGGGCAUGAAGGAUAUGGGGAAAUUCCUGAUAAUUAUGGCAGCCUAUCUCGUGGGAUUAAUUACCGCCCUCGCUAUGCUUACACUCCAGGCAAUAGCUAUCGCCCAGAGGAUGGCAGUUAUACCCUGCCCACCAGACGGGAAAACUAUGUCCCCAUUGCCCAGCCCCAAGUUCCUAUUGGAAGUAAUAUUGAUCUAAAUCGAUCCCAGCCUGAACGCUUCCAGCCCGAACCUUAUGGUCUAGAAGAUGAUAACCGCAGUCUUGGGGCAGAUGAUGAUGGCUAUGAGCUUGACCCAGAUUACUCCACAAUGAACAGGAGGGUGCUUCCUGGUAUGCCCCUUACAGGAAGACCACACAAAGCAAGGGCUUAUGAUGACCCAUUAGAAGCUGAUCUUAUUGAGGAGAGAAUUCCUUAUCUGCAUGGUGGAUAUGCAGCUCCUUUGGCUCAGCCAGAAAGAGGAAGCCUGGCCAGCAUUGACCGUUUGGGGAAACGCUCUCCUUCAAUUGACAGUAUUCGUAAAGACCCUAGAUGGAGAGAUCCCGAUCUUCCUGAGGUCAUUGCUAUGCUUAAUCACCCCAUCGACCCAGUCAAGUCCAAUGCAGCAGCCUAUUUGCAGCAUCUUUGCUACGAAAAUGAUAAAAUCAAGAAAGAUGUGAGGUACCUCAAAGGUAUUCCUACCCUUGUGGGCUUGUUAGAUCACCCUAAGCCUGAGGUGCAUCGCAAAGCUUGUGGAGCACUUCGGAACAUCUCUUAUGGAAAAGAUAACGAAAACAAGGUGGCAAUAAAAAAUUGUGAUGGUAUCCCUGCCUUGAUCCGACUACUACGGAAGACAAAUGACAUGGAAGUCAGAGAGCUCAUAACCGGCACUCUCUGGAACCUGUCCUCAUAUGAACCUUUAAAAAUGGUGAUCAUCAACCAUGGCCUACAGACCCUCACCAAUGAGGUUAUCAUCCCUCACUCUGGCUGGGAGAAUGAACCUAAUGAGGACUCCAAGCCCCGGGAUGCAGAGUGGUCAACUGUUUUCAAAAACACUUCUGGAUGUUUAAGGAAUGUAAGCUCAGAUGGUGCGGAAGCACGCAGACGAUUGCGUGAGUGUGAUGGGCUAGUGGAUGCGUUGCUGCAUGCGCUUCAGUCUGCUGUGAGCAAAAAGGACACUGAUAACAAGUCCGUGGAAAACUGUGUGUGUAUCAUGCGGAACCUCUCCUACCAUGUCCACAAGGAAGUCCCUGGGGCUGACAGAUUUCAGGAAAAUGAGCUCAACCAACAAGGUGGAAUAGGGGGUCAGCAAAAAAAGAAGAAAGAUGAUGCCGGCUGCUUUGGGGGUAAAAAAGCAAAAGAGGAGUGGUUUAACCAAGGGAAAAAGAAUGGAGACACAGACAAGAACUUUGACACUCUUGAUUUACCAAAAAGAUCAGAGUCAGCAAAAGGUUUUGAACUUCUGUACCAACCAGAGGUGGUGCGUCUGUACUUAUCUAUCCUGACAGAGAGCCAAAACUACAAUACAUUGGAGGCUGCAGCAGGAGCCCUACAGAACCUCAGUGCUGGGAACUGGACUUGGUCAACCUAUAUCCGUGCCACAGUGCGCAAGGAGAGGGGCCUGCCAGUGCUGGUGGAGCUUCUUCAGUCUGACUCUGACAAAGUGGUAAGGGCUGUUGCAAUUGCUCUGAGGAACCUUUCUAUGGAUCGGCGCAACAAGGACUUAAUAGGUAACUACGCCAUGGGACAGUUGGUUCGCAACUUGCCUGGAGGACAGCAACGUCCCGCAAAAAACCUUGAGGAAGACACUGUGGUUGCUGUUCUGAACACCAUUCAUGAAAUAAUCACAGACAGCUCAGAGAAUGCCCGAUCCUUAAUACAGACACAGGGGAUUGAAAAGCUUAUAACUAUAAAUAAAUCCAGUCAGUCUCCAAGGGAGGUGAAAGCUGCCUCACAUGUCCUGCAGAUGGUUUGGAGCUACAAGGAGUUACGAGGGGCACUACAGAAGGAGGGCUGGAACAAAGCAAACUUCCAGACUGCUGUGUCAACACUGCCAAAAGGAUCCAAAGGAAAUGGGAAAUCGGGAUUUGAUGACAGCACGCUACCGCUGGUAGAUAAAAGCCAAGUAAACAAGAAAUCUGGAAGUCGUGAUAUGAUUCCCAUGGGAGAGCUGGGCCCUGAUGGAUACUCCACCAUUGAUCACCGAGACAAGGAACGUAAAUACAGAUCCAAUGAAAGCAUGGGGGAUAUGUCGGAGAAGGAACCCUUAAAGAAUGACUCAAAUAAGAAACACAUUACCCGGAGUAACAGGCCAACUGUGAAUCUGGUGGACGUACGAGACACUAAACCUCAGCCUGUUGACUCCUGGGUCUAAUUUUUGCAUGCAUGGGUUAAAUCUGCAGUGACUUUUUGGGAAGACAUUUUUUUUUUUGAUUACUAUUUUUUUUUUUUUUUAACAAUGACAAAUUUGACUACAUGUAGGAUGCAUCAUUAUCCACCACUGCCAUGCCCAUUUUGCAGACGGACCAUUUAUAAAUCCCUUUGAGUAAAGGGGUCGAAUGAAAACUGCCAUCUGCUUUAUCUAAGAACCAAACUGUGAUCAUCGCCAAAAAAACGCUGUUGCUUGAUUUUUUUCCUUCCUCUGAAAUGACGCUUUUUUUUUAGUACAUAUGUAUAGUAUAUAUUCAAAAGCAACAUUCCCCUUAAGGAUCCCGCACCUUGUUUCCAUUUAAUAUGGUUUCUGUUCUCCUGGAUGGGGGUGAUGGUGCCGUGCAGGUGGUACAACUGGUAGACAUCAGGGUGGGAAAUUGUUUUUGUCCGACUGCGGCCCUGCACCAGAAUGUCACAGCCACAUCAUUUUAGCAGAAUAUGGAAAAUAUGAGCACUUUUGUUUUGCCUCUUCCUCAGAUUGAACUGUGAAAUUUUUUAUUAUUUGGACUGAGGUGCAUUCAAUUUCAUUCUUUUUUUUUUCUAUUGAGAAGUGAUGGGUAUUUCAUUGGGUUUAGGUUUUUAUUAGAAUGGAGAAUAAAGAAAGUAGGCCAGGCUGGAAACGUUGGACAAUAUACUGAUGGCAAGCUAGCAUCGUUGUGAAACGCGUUGCUGGGCUCUUCACGACAGAAAGCGGAUGGAAUGUGAAUUUAAAGGCUUCCGAUGUGCAUUGCAAGAAAGCCUAUGGUUGUGUUUUACCUGUGACUGAAAGACUGAAGUUUUUCUGGUUCAGUCCUGAUUUUAGCAGGAAUUUUACCCUGAGCGUGCAUGCCAUAAAUGGGAAUGCAAUUUGAACUCUGACUUGUGCAGCUCUCAAUUUACUGAUGUUUCCAAAGCCAGCUCAUCUAUACAUAGAGAUAUAUGAUGAAGCAUACACAGAACUGGACCACUGAGUUCCUACCUACCUGGAUUUACAGCGUCACAAGGAGGCUUUGAAGUCGGAGCUCUCACGUGGUUGCAAUCUGUGUGAAAACAAACAUUUCUGCUGUAUGAUAACAUUGCCUUUUAACUUGUGUUCUCUUUCCACUUGCAUUGUAACUGACUUAAGGAAUUACCAUCUCUCGAUGCCUGCACUAUGCUCUGUAGGAGUCCAUGCUGGUUCUCAUCUAACACUAUUAUGGUCACCAGAACCACUCUAGGACUUUUAUCAUGAAACCAUUGAAGAAAACAUAACCUUUUGAUUAAAAUAACGAAUCACAGUUGCUGUUGACUUUCAAUGUAUUUUCAUUAGGUGCUCAAUGAAUCUUGCUACAAAGAAGGUGGUUUUAAGUUUCAUUCUUUUAAAUAUAUGGUGGGGUUUGGGUUUUGUAUUACUCUUAAUGUUUUCUGGACUGUCAGUAGAGCUUUUCUUGGCCGUAUAAAUAGCAUUGAUGUAAACGAAAACCUAACAUCCCCAUCCUUUGACCUUUUGUUGUUGGGAUGGUUACGUGUUGCUGUUAGCCCUCUGAGAUUCCCAUGGAAUUAAUUGGUUAGAGCAAAUGGAAUCCACCUCUUACAAGGUUUUGGGACCAAUCAGAAGUUCAGCAAGGUUUUUGCAGAAUAAACAUUUAAAUUCUGCUGUUUCGCUGAUGGAGCAAACAGAUUGGUUCUCAAUUUCAUGUCCUCUUUCUGAGCAGUACGUUUCCCAUACCAUUCCACUAGGAAAGUGAUUCCGCAAAGACCGAGGCAGGUUGAGAAAAAGGAAAUAAAUGGGAUCUCCCCAUACUAGAAGGAACUGUUUACAGCUGACUUUGUUACAAACUCCCACUGUAGCUUGUAUGUCUUUUACAGAUUUAUAACAGAGAACUUUAUUUAUUCUGAUUUUAUAUAUUCAGUGUGUACCAUAAUAUAAAACUUAAACAAUUGCUCCUGGUAUGAAACAUACAAUUUUAUUAACGGUUGCAUUUGUAAAGGGCAACUGUAUCCUGUAAUAUGCUGAUCAGUUACAUUGCUUGCCCCUUCUGCUUACAAGAUGUGAUUUCCAGGUUGUGGUCUAGCUCAGUUUAAAUAUCUGGUUUCAUUGGUUUUAAUCUAAGCCUCCCUACCUACCAGAGCAAAUAGUGUCUUUGUGUCACUUGUUGGAGAUACACCAAUGAAUAAUGAAGUAUGGAAUGUUACCAAGUUUACUAAUAACCUAUGGUGCAUCAAAAUCCUAUUGCCUAGUUCACCUGAUGCUUAGAUACUGUUAAUUCUGUGCUGUCUGGCACACUAUGUAGUAGAAUGCUAAGAAAUUGUUGUUAGAGGGGACCUGUCACCCUAAGAUAUAAUUACAACUUCCUAUUGUGUUUGUCAAGCAUAAUAAACACAAUUUACACUUUUUAAAUAAUACACAAUCACCGCAAGCUGACAGGUGCCAUUUUGUGGGCACUAUUAAGGCAAGCUUUGUAUCAUUAUGUGCCAGAAUGGGGGACCUGAUGCACAAGCCCAUGCAUUAGUUACACAACUAGAUAGUGAAAAGGAAGGGGGAAAGUGAGUGCUGAAUGGAAAGUGAAAUAAUUGUCUGCCCCGCCUCUAUGCCUAAGGUAGAGGCGGGGCAUGCAGUAUAUGAUUGACAGCUGGAAGUUUUAAAUGCAUUUAUAAUGGAUAUGGAUGUGUUAAGAAAAAAAGGAGUUUGAGUUUCAUAUUUAAUCUGAAAAGGGCUUUUAUUAUACAGCUUUUGAUGUCUGGGUGACAGGUCCUCUUUAAUGUGCUUUUCAAAGUGUGAAAUCUAGAAGGUGCCCCAAAGGCUCCUGAAAUCGAACUCUAAUUUAGAAACUGCCAUGCUACUCAGUCCAAAACAGAUUGUCAAAUAAUCAGACUAAAGGUGUUCCUCUAUAUCAGGGCUGUCCAACUGUAGGUCCAUGGAGCAGAUGUGGCCCCCCCAGUCUGCUCAAAGCCUAUAUAGACCUCACUGUAUCAUCAUCGUCAUAAUUUUAAUGUUAUCUGGCCCUCCAACAUACUGUAUGAGAAAUAAUUUGCCCACUACAAGUAAUAGCACAGCACUGCUCUAUAGAAUAAAGGUGAUCCUCUAGAAAUGCAGCAACACAAAAACACACCUUUUGUCUUUGUAUAUUUCAUUUAAUUUCUCUGCAAUAUAGAACAGAACCCUUAUCUUGUAUAGGUCUUCGCCAACCAUGCACAGCAGCUGUCACUUGAGCCGUAGGAUUCUUUAUCAAACAAAUCCCUUUGCUUGAGUGUCUCCUGGCAACAUCUCAAUGGCAAAAUUGCACUGAUCUGAUUAUGCGGCAUGUAGACUAUAUAGACUUUUGAAGCAGAUAUAUACGACUGCAUUACCGUUAAAUGUAUGAAACAUGUUUGUGCUACUGCCACUUUAAGGCCUAGCAAUACCAACAUUUAUGACUUUGUUUUUAACACCAUCCUUUCUAGUAACCCAUAAAAAAAUGAAGCAUUUAUUAUUGUUUAAUUUCCUUAUAAAAUGCAACUCAAGGUGUUACCUUAUCAGCCAUGAGAGUGGCGGAACUCCAAUCCCUGUGCGAGACUAUUUCUCUUAAGAUGGUGGCAUUGCCAUUUCAUCUCCACCAGGUAAGCUGGGUUUUUAUUUAGUAAGAAACCCAAAUGUAAUUUUAAAAAAGUUAAAGUAAAUGCUUGAAAAUUGAGUGUGCAGGCUUAAAUAGUGGGGUAAUAAAUGGAGACUGUAUCCCUUUAGGCUGUUUCCACUGUGUUUAUAAACUCCCUGCAGAAUGCACAUGGUACAUCGCCCAAGGACAAGGCUUAGCCGACUGUCACUUUUGGCUGUGCCAGCUGAGCUGCUGGAUUCUAGGCCUUAGGUUAAUGGCGCUCAUUCACCUGAAAAUGCACGCUUGAACAUUGUAGGCUGAAUCGGCCCUAUGUGUACAGAAACCAACAAUUUCUGUAAAUGGCAAGAGGUCAGGACAGGAUGGGCCAGUGACAGAUGCUUCUUCUCUGGUCUACAAUCCUCCGAGUGUGACAUUUGGGAGUCUAUUGAUUAUCAUUGGAGACAAACCUAACCGGUGAUUUUGUCCAUAGAAAACAAAAUGGUUUGGUUGCCAACUUGUAGGUAACUGCUCAAAUCUUAUUGUUGGUUGCUAUGGGCAACAUCAUCAGUGAUGUUUGUCUCCAAUGUUAAUAAAUGCAUCCCUAAGUGUAACAUUUAUCAGCUGAGCUGAAAGUGAAGUCACACAGUAAAUAAGAACCCACAGCAUUCUUGGCACAAAUCGCUUUCAGUUGUAAAUAAGUGAUAUUGUGAAGCUGCUCAAAAGGUGCCAUGUCCACAUUGGUAAAUGUCACAUCUACCAUAACAAUUACAAAUAUCUCGUGACUACCACAGUGACUCUGUAGUAAUGUGAAUUCUUUUUUGUGUGUUCUCCAACCAGCACCACAAGUAGGGCUGCCAGCUGGCUGGUAUUUUACUGGCCAGGCCAGGCUAAAUGACUCUUCAUGUCAAUGUGACUGGGUUACUGAGAUGUUCAGAGGGCUAGUGAGAUGUUCUGCACAUUUAUGGGGUUAUGUAAUAAAAGGUGCUAAGUUUGCCCAGGAACUGUAAUCCAUUGGUUGCUAUGGGUUACUACUACCAGGCGAACUUAAUGCUUUUUAUUACAUAUCGGGGAGUCUGCAGUAGAUUUGCCUUGAAUUCCAAUACACACACAUACAAUAUGCAAAAGUAAGGCCCAUCACUACUUGUGUUCUUUUUGACAAACUGGAAUAGACACUUAACCCUGAACUAUAUUCUGUGCUUCAUUGAUCCUGAUACUGGGGAAUGCAUGUGCAUGCUGUUAGCAAAGCAUUGGGUUUGGGGCCCUUCCUUUCCCUGGUUUAUUUUGGCUUCUCAUUGUUCCGCUCAUUACUCUGUUCUCCAACAACAAUAACCGGGGGACAAUCACACCUGACUUAGGGGUUUUGGGAGCAGAUAAAGAAGAUUAUGGGACCAAGAAAAACUCAAUGGAUAAUUAUGGUGAGGUGGUAUAAGAAUAUAAAUACGGUCGUCUCAAUAUUUCCUUUUACGCAAGGUGUGAACAGAUCCCCUUUUUAUUUGCCUUUAUAUUUAGAUAGUCAAAGCUUAUUCUGUGCAAACAACGGCACAAGACAAAAGGAUUACGCCACUGUUAGUUCUCCCAUCAAGAAAGCAGCCCUUUUCUCCCAUUUACUUCAAUGCAUUAGCCAUAAGGUAUAAAGGCAUAUUUGCAUUAAGACCUGUGCAGAAGAGCUGCUGUAUUGCUCCCCCCAUUGUGAGAUUUAGGGCAUUCAUCUCAGUCACUGGUCUGGCUUUAUAUUUUUAGUAGUGUAUUAUACUUGUGUAUGUUUUAGACAUUUUGUCCUGGGCUUGCAGACCCGCUGGUCCAUAUACCAUGGUGCUUGCCUCUCAGAACUACAUUUUUACUAAUACUGGGUGCCGAAAGCUUUGUAGCUGGAAGCCCUCUGAAUAAACCAUAUUUAUGCCAUUAUCAUGCCCAAGUGUAUUUGCUGUAUUUUCUGAUAUUUGACAUCUUCCCAUGGUUCCUUGACACACAAACUCCAUUUUUGUACUUUUACUGUUUCUACAAGCUGACAUUUUAAUGGACUUGGGGGAAAUAUUUAAUUGUACAUUCUUUUUGGAAGGAUGUCUGACACGGUAAGCAGGAUAUGUUGGCAAUAGUCUGGCCAGUCACAUGUUUUGUGCCACAUAUAACCCUGGGAGAUAUUUGUGCAGGUAAGCAUGGCUGCAGAAGUAAAGAGAUUGCAGAUGGAUUGGGUAAAAUCAGUGCCAACAUGUGCAGGGCUCUAUAAUGGGCACCACAGGGAACAAUAGCCUGCCUCCCCAACUGUAAAUAUUCCUUUUUGUCAAUCACUUUCCCCCUUUCUCUGCCUCAGCCUCCAGUGACCCCUUGGUGUGGAACCCUGGCUGCAGCAUGGAGCCAGCUAUGUGCAAUGGGCACUGGGGCUGGGCAGGGAAAGGUUAGAAGAGAAAGUAUUAAGACCCAGCUUCUUUGUACUUAGUCGCAGAUGUGUUUGUAAUGAUCAUGUGCCUUAAACCAAGAAACAUUCAUAACUCAAAUAAAAGUAGAAAAAUGAAGAAACUUGCAUCCAAUUUUUUCUUGUAUUCAUUCUCAUUGUUGGGUCGGUUGGACCUUGCGUUGUGUUUUAGAUAUGUAAUAUAAAGAAUCCAUGACACACAUGGGGAGCAGUUGCGGAAACGAUUUGUGGGUUUUUUUGUAAAGUGGUAUAUUCCAAAUGAAACGUCAUGUUAGAGGGUAACCUUGUAUUAUAUGCUGAUGUAUUACUAAUCUGGAUAGGUUGAAUGCCUGUUACGUGCCAGGUGUGCAAAAUGACAAAUUUGACAUGUUUUCAAUAAAUCCUGCCUGGAACGAA